CCAUAAAUUGGCCUGGGCUGAUCUUCCCGUCAGAAUGACUUCGCUGUGGUGACCUUCCACUGACAACAGAACCUCCAUGGUGCUCCCAGCCUACUUCCCUAGGGACAAAUUCAUGCUCUCCAAAACAAGCAAGGACUAAACCCCCAUCCCUGGAAUGUGCCGGAAUGUGUCCAUCAGCUUUGGUUCAGCUGGAGCACGGCGAUUCCACACGUGCCAGGUCUGAGCAUCCUGAAUGGAGAAGGAACUCUUCUCUCAGAACUCUCUGCCCAUCUCACAAAAGAGAACCUGAAAGAGAACCAUCAGACACCCAACGACAUCAGAAUGAGCGACAACACUACUUUGGCUCCUCCAGCUUCAAACCAGGGUCCCACUACCCCACGCAAGGGGCCCCCCAAGUUUAAGCAGAGACAGACUCGCCAAUUCAAGAGCAAGCCUCCUAAGAAAGGUGUUAAAGGAUUUGGAGAUGACAUUCCAGGCAUGGAGGGGCUAGGAACAGACAUCACGGUGAUUUGUCCCUGGGAGGCGUUCAGCCACUUGGAACUGCAUGAGCUUGCUCAGUUUGGGAUCAUCUGAGGCACCAGAGGUUCUGCCAUUCUCAACAGCAGCUGCUAUAGUUUUGAUUCCUUUUGCCCUAUUGAUCUGCCAGAGUCUUGAAAUUCAGCUGUUAGGAAGUGGUUUCUUCCGCUGACACAGUCAUUUCCCCUAAAUUGCUGCGAAGAGCUCUCUUAGCGUCAGACCCUCUCCUGCCAUAUAGUUCAGCUCAGAAUAGUGGAUGCAGAUUGACUUGCUCGGUCAUUUCAAACUUGACCACCUUUUCUUAUCAGCUGCUUAGAAUUCAUUGAUAGUUCUCUAAAUGUUGUUUAUUUGUGAAGUCCUUCAAAUCUAUUUGAAGGCAUUCCCUGUAGUUAGUAGCAGCUUUUAAAGAUAACAUUUAUGUCACUCCCUUCCCCUUUUCAUUUAAUAAAGGACAUACUGACCUUGAAUCUGA